CUGACUUUGCGCUGAAUGAGCCAUGCAGUGUAGGACUGGGGGAGCGUAGGCAAGAGCUGCAGGGACAAGGCUGCUGCUAAGUCAUUCAGCGGAAUGCCUUCGAAAGUGAAAAUUCCUCUAAUAAUUUCGCUGCUGUUUUUAAUAAUCAGUGUGUCGGUUAUUAUUGCAAUUGCGUAUGUACAAAAACAUCAUGAGCGAUCCCUCUCUCCUGGCCUAAAGUAUGGGAUCGUUCUGGAUGCAGGAUCAUCUCGGACCACCAUAUAUGUGUAUCAGUGGCCUGCUGAAAAAGAAAACAAUACUGGAGUGGUAGAUCAGACUCUGAAGUGCAAUGUUAAAGGCCGGGGCAUAUCCAGCUAUGCUAAUGAGCCAAAGAAAGCACCUACGUACAUUGAUGACUGCAUAAAGAAAGUAAAAGAAGUGAUUCCAGCAAGUCAACAUAACAGCACCCCGGCUUAUUUGGGAGCCACUGCGGGAAUGAGACUGCUAAGGCUGAAAAAUGAAAGUGCGGCACAAGGAGUUCUUGCCAGUAUUCAUGACUACUUCCAAACCCAGCCCUUUGCUUUCAGAGGAGCUAACAUCAUAACUGGGCAGGAAGAAGGGAUGUAUGGAUGGAUUACUGUCAACUAUUUAAUGGGAAAUUUCUUGGAGAAAAAUAUCUGGAGAGCCUGGGUACGCCCUGACGGAGCCGAAACCACAGGAGCAUUGGAUUUAGGAGGCGCGUCUACACAGAUAUCGUUUCUCCCAGAGAAGUCAGAACAGAAUCCUAAUAGCACAGUUGAAGUAACAUUGUACGGUUAUCUGUACAAUGUUUAUACACAGAGCUUUCAGUGCUAUGGACGAGAUGAAGCAGAAAAGCGGCUUCUUGCUUCAUUAGCUCAGGAUCCCAAGCUAAAAUUAUAUGAAAAUCCAUGCUACCCUCGCAAUUAUAUGGUAAAUUUAACAAUGGAACAUACAUUUGGAAGUCUGUGUACUGCUCAGUUUCGACCAGCUAAUUAUGAUCCAAGCCGAGUUAUUACAUUUAAGGGAACAGGCGAUCCAGUUUUGUGUUCUCAGAAGGUGUCCACUCUCUUUAAUUUUGCUGCAUGCCAAGGCAAGGAAGAUUGUUCAUUUGAUGGCAUUUACCAACCCAAGGUUAAAGGAAAUUUUUCGGCUUUUGCAGGAUUUUAUUACACUACAAGUGCUUUAAAUCUGACUGGGUAUUUCCAGUUGAAUCAGUUCAACUUAAGCAUGACUUCAUUUUGUGCCAAGGAAUGGACACAGCUUCCACAAAUUUUACAUAGGUUUGAUGAAACAUAUGCACGGUCUUACUGCUUCUCUGCUAAUUUUAUCUAUUAUCUCUUGGUCCAUGGAUACAAGUUUGACAGUGAAACAUGGUUGCAAAUUAAUUUUCAAAAGGAGGUUGGCAACAGCAGCAUAGGCUGGUCUCUUGGCUAUAUGUUAACUCUCACAAACAUGAUACCUGCUGAAAGGCGUCUCAUCAUUCUUCCUAUGAGCUUGUCUCUGUUUGCUGGACUUCUCUGCUUGUUCACUGCAAUAUCUGCAUUAUGUCUGAUAGUACUUGUGAUAUUAUUUGUCUGUGCACGUAAGAAAUGAAACAUGGACUGGACUGUUUAAACAGUUGCUUGAACAAUCAUCUUGCAAGAAGUGCAUAUUGUCCUACGCUUUGUACAGUUUGUUGAGUCAAUGGACUGUUGAGUCUCUCCUCGGAAUUUGUGGACUAUUGCAUCUCAGGGAGCAUGAGCUGGAAGGUAAUUAAUAAGUGAAUAAAUUAUUUGGGGCUAUUGUUGUGUGUUUUAGAUUAGAUGAGGAAAAGGGGUAAUCACUGGGAGUGGAAAUUUGUUGAAAACCCACAGUGAAUAUACUGCUUACCUAGAAUAAAAUGAAAUGAAAUCAGACAACAUCAUACUUAAAUACCAAAAGGGGUAGUGAACCUCUUUUAAUUUUAAAUACUUAGUUAUAUGCCUAAACAAUUUUAAUCAGUGGAAGCCACAAUUCACCAAGAUUACUUUUAAAACAUAAUUCAUUUAUUAAUCAUAAUUAAUUGUUAAAAUUAAUUCCACUAGAUUCUAUUGACAAACUGUAUCUCAUGUAGAAUAGCAAUUCAUAUUACACCAUGAAAUUCAUUAAAAUCAAUGUGAAGUAAAGAGCCCAUUAGUCAAUAUGGCCAUUAGUCAGUACAGGUAUGGGAUCCCUUAUCUGGAAACCCAUUAUCCAGAAAGUUCCAAAUUACGGAAAGGCCGUCUCCCGUAUAAGCAAAUUAUAAGCAAAUAAUUCUAAUUUUUAAAAAAAAAGAUUUCCUUUUUCUCUGUAAUAAUAAAACAGUACAUUGUACUUGGGCCCAAACAUUAUUUUAUACGGGAAGGGUACUCAAUCUACACAAUUUAUCACUCACUGCAAUGUAGGUAUAGGAUAUGUUAUCCAGAAACCCAUUAUCCACAAAGCUCCGUAUUACACAAAGGUCAUCUUCCGUAGACUACAUUUUUCCUUUUUCUCUGUAGUAAUAAAAUAGUACCUUGUACUUAAUUCCAACUAAGAUAUAAUUAAUCCUUAUUGGAGGCAAAACAAGCCUAUUCGGUUUACUCAAUAUUGAAAUUUUUAGCAGACAUAAGUUCCAUAAGUUUGGAGAUCCAAAUUACGGAAAGAUCCCUUAUCUGGAAUACCUUGGGUCCCAAGCAUUCUGGAUAACAGGUCCCAUAUCUGUACAUCAUAGUGCAUAGGAUCAUACUUAAAGAGAACCUAUCACCAUUAAGAUGCUUUCCCCACCAGAGGUGAAGGCUAAUAGAGCCACGUUGGGUGAAACAAGUUUUCUCUUAAAAAAAAUAGCCCCCACUGGUGCUAGGCUACCUGUACCAAAAGGGAGCUCCCCAUGAGUGAUACUCUUUGCCCCCGCAUUAUGCGCAUGCGUGUGAUGUAGGAGCAGUGGAUGCAAUUCAACUGCCUACCUUACAUGCAUUUGUAAAAUGAUGGGUUAUGGCACUUGCUCUUUAUGUGUAUGCGUCUGCCGCCACGUGGUGCUUGGACCAGGAGCUAUCUCCUUGUGCAGGCAGCCUAGGGCUGUAGGGGGCUAUUUUUAAAAAAAAAAAAAAA